AAUACAAUUAUCAAAAUCAACAAUUUCCGAACCAGAACGCUCGUCACAUUCAUGCUCGGAACUCAAAGGUAAAAACCUCCGGAAGUAUUUCACCGGAACACGCGCCUGCUAACGUAAACGACAAGGUAAAUGUUUAUGUUUUUAUGAGUUUUUUUUACAGCAUGGCUUCGACUUUAGACGCCGAAGAUGUGGAAGUGAGCCGAACUCGCAUGUGCGAAGAGUUUGCCGCCGUGGCGGACACCGAUUGCGGCGUGGCGCAGUGCUACCUGGCGGAGAACGACUGGAACGUCCAGAGAGCGCUGAACUCUUUCUUCGAGGCCGACAUGGAGAAAGUGUUUGAAGCUGAGUGGAACUCAAAGCAGGAGCCUUCAACCAAGGAACACAAAGUGGAGAAGAAAGCUCCUGUUGCAGAAAGCAUCGAUUUAACGACAGACAGUCCCGACUCGUCCCGUCAAUCCACGAAGGAUGAUGACGGCGGCUCAGGAUUGACGAUAAUCUCAUGGAACGUGGAUGGUCUGGACACAGAGAACCUGCUUGAGCGCGCUCGAGGCUUGUGCUCCUACUUGGCAGAAUACACUCCCGACGUGGUGCUCCUGCAAGAGCUCAUUCCGCCCUAUGUGCAGUAUUUGAAGAAACGCGCCGUCAGCUACACGAUCGUUCAAGGGGGUGAAGAUGGCUACUUCACCGGCAUGAUGCUAAAGAAGACGCGUGUCAAGCUGCUGGAAAGCCAAAUCGUGGCUUACCCCACCACUAAGAUGAUGAGGAAUCUGCUCAUGGCGCAGGUGACGCUGAGGGGCGCUACGGUGUGGCUGAUGACGUCUCACCUGGAAAGCUGCAAGGCGCAUUCUGGCGAGCGCAUGACACAGCUGCGCGAGGUGAUGCGACGGAUGAGCGAGGCGCCCGACGAUGUCAGCGUGGUGUUCGCCGGCGACACCAACCUGCGCGACUUUGAGGUGACAGCGGUGGGCCUGCCCCCAGCCGUGUGCGACGUGUGGGAGCGCCUGGGAAGCCGGGAGCACUGCCGCUACACGUGGGACACCCGCGCCAACUCCAACAAGAACGUGCGCUACGCCAGCCGCUGCCGCUUCGACCGCAUCUACCUGCGGCCGGCGUGCCGACCCAACGCGCCCCGCCUGGUGCCCGACCACAUGGCGCUGGUGGGCUUGGAGAAGCUGGACUGCGGCCGCUUCACCAGCGACCACUGGGGGAUCUACUGCAACUUCACCACCACCACCGCAGAUGACGUCACCCGCCCAAAAUAAGCUCAACGUUGCCUUCGUUUCCGCUGCUUUUUCUGCACAUCGUUACGGAAUCGAUUUUUGGAUUAGUGCUGGUUCGUUAAUGGCUGUUGUUUUGACCCGAUGGGAAAGUGUCAUAUUAGAAUAUGACCACCAGAGGACGCCACAGUGUCAAAUUCGAAUGUUGAAGGCUUACUCGCUGCUCUUUUUUGUAAUUUGAUAUAGUUGUAUUUUUGAAUGCACAAUAAAUGUUUUACAUUGUUUUUGCUUGUAAACGUACAAAAUCGCUACUUUCUCAAAUGAUAUCCUUCCUCAAAUUGUAACUUUUUUUCCUAGUAAAACGAAAAGCUUAAAAUUAAUAUUCUUGUAGUUUAUGUGCUUUGUUUCUUGUAAAAUUACAAAUUGGUCUCGCAAGGUAACAAUGUACAAUUCCGUCUUUUUCUUGUAACAGAACUUUUUCCCAUUCAUUCCGUUUCUUGUAAAAAAAAUUAUAUAUUAUAUUUAUUAACAAUUUCUAUAUUCUUGUAAAAUUACAUAUUCGCUUGUUUUCUCAUUUUCAUAAUUUGAGGAAAACAGCAACUUAGUCAAAAUAUUUUUCUUUGCAAAAUUGCACCUGUUCAAAAUGUAUUUGCACUUUUUUGUAAAAAUAAUUUCUCACUGAAUAUUACAACCCAACAAGUGCUUUUUAAAAUCAUAAUUUCUAACUUCAUUUUUCUUUUUUUUGUACUUUGUGUAAAUCUGAAAAUUCUCAAAACAUUUUUUUGUAGUUCCACUUUUUUUCCCACAAAGUUUUUGUACUUUUAUCUUCUUAAAAUAACUUAUUUUACUCAUUAUUACAAGUCUCCACCCCCCACCCCCGCAUUAUCUUUUCUAACAAAACCAGAUCUUUUCGCCAUUGUUUUGCCUUAUUAAAUCAUACCUUUAUACUGUAAAGGGAAAAAUCAUUGCAUAAAUGAAUAACUUGUAAAAUCACAACUAUUGUAAAUUCAUUUUUUUUGUUGCCAUUUUUCUUACUGCUGUGCCCGCAUGGUGGAAAAAAGGGCAGGGCCAGUUGGCAGUGCGACAAAGUAACGCGUAUAAUGAUUUUUUUUUUUGUGAUAAUGUAAGUGUAGGCAAAAUAUAUAAUUGAAUGCCAGCAAGGGAAGAAAAAAAGUCAAGCAGGCUGUAAUAAAAGCCAUUUUAAUUAUCUUUCUCUGUCUCAUAAAUAACACUGAACAAAGCGUCACACUAUGCAUCGAUAUCCGCGUAUAUAUGUACGUGCUGUAUAUUUAUUUAUGCACUGUCAAAUUGUGUGUGUGUGUGUAGAAGAAAAUACAGCAUGUGUGUACAGUAAUGCACUUAAUACCGACCAGGGAAGCCUCGUCUUCCCUUUGAGUCACUUGUUGCAUAACUAAGUCAAUUUCCAGACAGUCCCCACUUCCCCCCUUCCAAUUUUUUGUUUUGCCUCAAUACCACCAAAAAUCAAAUACUUUGCACUUGUCAGUUAAAAGUCAUAAAUACAUGUUUGUUUUUUUUCUCCUGUGCAUGCUAAUCACAAGGUGUUGUGACAUCAUCACACGGCUCUAAUAUUCAUUUGGGAGCAAGGCAAAAGCAAACUCGGGAAUCUGGGCACCCUCCACAAUUCGUCUUAUGAAAUCAGUGUAACUUUUUCGUUGUUGUUUUUUUUUGCAUGAGGCUUUGUAAAAUAUUAUUGCUAACGUCAAGACAGGCGUGGCCCGCCUCAACCAGCGAGCAAUCAUAAAUAAAAGCGUCAAAAUAAAAGAUGGAUAUGUCAUGGAGGAGCCCUUGUGUGUCAUCUACACCGCUUUGCGAUCAUGUCAAAACAUGAAUAAUUGAGGGAGGGGGAAAUGUAUUUGCACAUUCAUUUCUUUAUUUUUUGAAGUGCACGUGUUGAUUGUCAGCGUUUUGUCAAAAUGAAAUAAAAUAUGUCAAGAUGUGAGGGUAUUGAGGUAAACGCAGUAACUUCCAGUCCUCAACCCCUCCCCCCCCCCUCCC